AUGGCUUCCUCGGGACGUGGCCGUCUGGCUGGUAAGAAUGCCGUCAUCACGGGUGCUGCAGGAGGCAUCGGUCUUGAGACCAGCAUCUUGUUUGCGAAAGAAGGCGCCAAUGUGCUCAUGACGGAUAUUUCGCAGGAGGCGCUGGACAAGGCCGCGGGCAAGGUCAAGCAGCUUGUCCCCGAUGCCAGCCGGGUCGAGACCAGGCUCUGCGACGUUUCCAAGGAAGCCGACGUCAAGGCUGCCGUCGAGCACCUCGACUCGUGGGGGGGGCUCGACGUCAUGUUCAACAACGCGGGCAUCAUGCACGCGCGCGACGAUGACGCGCUCAACACGCCCGAGGAUAUUUGGGACCUGACGCACAACAUCAACGUCAAGGGCGUCUGGUACGGCAGCAAGCACGCGGUGUUGGCCCUGCGGCGACACGGCAAGAAGAAGGGCAGCAUCGUCAACACGGCGUCAGUCGUCGCCCUCGUCGGUUCGGCCACGCCCCAGCUCGCCUACACGGCCAGCAAGGGCGCCGUGCUGGCGCUGACGCGCGAGCUCGCCAUCGUCCACGCCCGCGAGGGCUUCCGCUUCAACAGCCUGUGCCCGGCCCCGCUCAACACGCCGCUGUUGCAGGACUGGCUCGGCGACGACCAAGCCAAGCGCCAUCGCCGCGAGGUGCAUUUCCCAACGGGCCGGUUCGGCGAAGCCGUCGAGCAGGCGCAGGCCGUGGUGUUCUUGGCGAGCGACGAGAGCAGUUUUGUGAACGGGACCGACUUUGUGGUGGACGGCGGCAUGACCAAGGCCUAUGUCACGCCCGAGGGCCCGGCUGCGCCGCCGCCGGUGAACAAUGCGGCCAAGGACAGGUUGGACUAGUGAAGAUAAGAAAGGAGGUUUAGUCAGAGGCACCCUUGGAGCUGAAAGCAUCUCGAUUUUCUGAGCCAACAUCAAUAUAUACCCCUGGCAUUUAGAUUCUAGCUUGCGUACUCUCAAUGCAUCAACGAUCUGUCAC